GUUGCUAUGGUUUUUACUCCAUGUAUCCACAAAUAGGUACUGCUAGCACACUGAAGCUUGCGAAGCUUCAAAAUCGCAACAGCAUACAUGUAUGUUGCUACCCUACACCUCUCAACGAGAAAAAAAAAAACCACACCUCUCACAAACCCAGCAAAUCAACCACCAUUCACCCAGCCACCCCCAGCACACCGUCUCUUCAACCUACCCAAGGCAUCAAUCAAUCAAAACCCCAAUCCCAAAAAAGAGGCGCCGCCACAGCGCAAUCCCCGCGUUCCAAUCAAGCUCCCCAAACAGCUCUUUCUCCUUCACUCUAGCUACACUGUAUCUGCCUUGUAAGCCUACGAAAACAAAAACCCCCAAGCAAGGGGCC